AUAAACCGACUGCCAAACGACUCACGACAGCAGCAGCAGCAGCCGCAACUGAAAGCAACAGCAGCAAAAACAACAACAACGGCAGCAGCAGCAAAUCACAAGCCGAAAGCAAAAGAAAAGCGACGCUCGCUCUGCCCAAUCAAAUUGCAAUCAAAAGAGACUCUAAUCAGAAGCAAAUUGAGAAAAACGUAAAACCAAAAACAAAAUCAAAAACAAAAACAAAAACACAAAUGCGCGCACGCAGCAAACGCAACAAAAUGCACAACUGUCGACGCUUAGCAACACUGUCGACAUUCUACAACACUACUGGCCGACAGCGCCACUUUUAUCAAGUCUAAGCCGCGCCGCAAGCCUCCUAAGUGAUCAAACAUAAUCUCAAAUCGUAACAGUUUCUCAAAACAUAGACUUCAAUUCUAAAACUCAACUUAACCUCAACUCUUAACUCGCACAUGCUGUAAAACUGAAUCUUAUAAAUACUUUGCCUAAUCGAGCAUAAAAACUAAAAAACUAUAUCUAUGAAUAUUUGGCAACAAAAAAUCCUAAAACGACCAGCGGACGAUGUUGACAAUGGCGCCGAGAAUUAUGAACCGCCGCACAAGUUGCCCAAUAACAACAAUAAUAACAAUAAUAAUAACAACAACAACAACAACAGCUCAAGCGGCGUUGGCGGCGGCUCAGAGAAUCUAACCAAGUUCUCCGUGGAGAUUGUGCAACAACUGGAGUUCACGACAUCGGCGGCCAAUUCGCAGCCGCAGCAGAUCAGCACCAAUGUCACAGUAAAGGCGCUGACCAACACCUCCGUCAAGAGCGAACCAGGCGUGGGCGGCGGGGGAGGAGGGGGCGCCGAUCAGCACAGCAACAGCAUCAGCAGCAACAGCAUCAGCAACAGCAGCAUCAGCAGCAGCAGCAGCAACAACCAGCAACAACAACAACACCACCAGCAGCAGCAACAACAAGGCGGCGGUCUGGGUGGCCUCGGCAAUAAUGGGCGCGGCGGCGGGGGUCCUGGCGGGGGUGGCCACAUGUCCACAGGACCCGGCGGCGUGGGCGUCGGCAUGGGACCCAACAUGAUGUCCGCCCAGCAAAAGUCCGCCCUCGGCAAUUUGGCCAAUUUGGUCGAAUGCAAACGGGAGCCAGAUCAUGAUUUUCCGGACUUGGUCUCGCUGGACAAGGACGGCGCCAAUGGCCAGUUUCCCGGUUUUCCGGAUCUGCUGGGCGAUGACAACUCCGAGAACAAUGACACAUUCAAGGAUCUCAUCAACAAUCUGCACGACUUCAAUCCCAGUUUCCUCGACGGCUUCGACGAGAAGCCGCUGCUGGACAUCAAGACCGAGGAUGGCAUCAAGGUGGAGCCGCCCAAUGCCCAGGAUCUGAUCAACAGCCUGAAUGUGAAGUCCGAGGCGGGUCUGGGCCAUGGCUUUGGUGGCUUCGGCGUUGGCCUCGGCCUCGACCCGCAGUCCAUGAAAAUGCGUCCUGGCGUUGGCUUCCAGAACGGACCCAACGGCAAUGCCAAUGCUGGCAACGGCGGUCCCACAGCGGGCGGCGGCGGCGGCAAUGGCCCCGGCGGACUCAUGUCCGAGCACUCGCUGGCCGCGCAGACGCUCAAGCAAAUGGCCGAGCAGCAUCAGCACAAGAGCGCCAUGGGCGGCAUGGGCGGCUUUCCACGCCCGCCGCACGGCAUGCAGCAGCAACAGCCGCAACAGCAGCAACAGCAGGCGCCGCAGCAGCAGCAGCAACAUGGCCAAAUGAUGGGCGGUCCGGGCCAAGGACAGCAGCAGCAGCAGCCGCGCUACAAUGACUACGGCGGCGGUUUUCCAAAUGACUUUGCCAUGGGCCCAAAUCCCACGCAGCAGCAGCAACAUUUGCCGCCGCAGUUCCAUCAGAAGGCGCCGGGCGGCGGGCCGGGCAUGAAUGUGCAGCAAAACUUUUUGGAUAUCAAACAGGAGCUGUUCUAUUCCUCACCAAACGAUUUCGAUCUCAAGCGUCUGCAGCAGCAGCAGGCCAUGCAGCAGCAGCAACAGCAGCAGCAACAGCAGCAGCAGCAACAUCAUGCACAGCAGCAACAGCAGCAUCCCAAUGGCCCCAAGAUGGGCGUGCCCAUGGGCGCGGCUGGCAACUUUGCCAAGCAGCAGCAGCAACAGGUGCCAACGCCGCAGCAGCAGCAGCAACAGCUCCAGCAACAACAACAACAAUACUCGCCAUUCAGCAAUCAAAACGCCAACGCCAACUUCCUCAACUGCCCGCCACGCGGCGGCCCUCAAGGCAACCAGGCGCCGGGCAAUAUGCCCCAGCAGCAGCAGCAGCAGCCGCAACAGCAGCAGCAGCCGCCUCGUGGGCCGCAGUCGAAUCCCAAUGCGGUGCCUGGCGGCAAUGCAGCCAAUGCCACGCAGCAGCAACAGCAGCAGCAGCAACAACAACAGCAGCAGCAACAGCAGCAGCAGGCAACAACAACCACGCUGCAAAUGAAGCAAACUCAGCAGCUGCACAUCAGUCAACAGGGCGGCGGCUCUCACGGCAUUCAGGUCUCCGCUGGGCAGCAUUUACACCUGAGCAGCGACAUGAAGAGCAACGUUUCGGUUGCCGCGCAGCAGGGCGUCUUCUUCAGUCAGCAGCAGGCCGCGCAGCAACAACAACAACAACAACAGCAGCAGCAGCAGCAGCAACCAGGCAAUGCUGGCCCCAAUCCCCAGCAGCAGCAGCAGCAGCCGCACGGCGGCAACGCGGGCGCCAAUGGGGGCGGCCCGAAUGGCGCACAGCAGCAGCAGCAACCAAAUCAAAACAUGAACAAUUCAAAUGUACCCUCCGACGGCUUCUCGCUCUCCCAAAGCCAAAGCAUGAACUUCACGCAGCAGCAGCAGCAACAGGCGGCGGCGGCAGCAGCAGCUGCUGCUGCGGCACAGCAGCAACAGGCAGCCGCCGCUCAGCAGCAGCAGCAGCAGCAGCAAGUGCCGCCCAAUAUGCGUCAGCGUCAAACGCAGGCGCAGGCAGCGGCAGCAGCAGCUGCUGCAGCAGCUGCACAGGCGCAGGCCGCGGCCAAUGCGAAUAGCGGACCCGGCGGCAAUGUACCGCUAAUGCAGCAGCAGCAGCAGACGCCGGGCGGCGUGCCGGUGGGCGCGGGCAGCGGCAACGCCUCUGUCGGCGUUCCAGUCAGCGCCGGCGGACCCAACAAUGGUGCAAUGAAUCAACUGGGCGGACCCAUGGGCGGCAUGCCGGGCAUGCAAAUGGGCGGACCCGGCGGCGUACCCAUGAAUCCCAUGCAAAUGAAUCCGAAUGGCGGCGCGCCCAAUGCCCAGAUGAUGAUGGGCGGCAAUGGGGGCGGCCCGGUGCCGGCCGCCAGCCAGGCCAAGUUCCUGCAGCAGCAGCAAAUGAUGCGCGCCCAGGCCAUGCAGCAUCAGCAGCAGGUGCAGCAGCACAUGGCCGGCGCACGGCCGCCGCCGCCGGAGUAUAAUGCCACCAAGGCGCAGCUAAUGCAGGCCCAGAUGAUGCAGCAGACUGUGGGCGGUGGCGGUGGCGGAGGCGUUGGAGUGGGCGUGGGCGGUGGUGUUGGCGGUGGCGGCGGCGCCGGCCGCUUUCCAAACAGCGCAGCCCAAGCGGCAGCCAUGCGACGCAUGACACAGCAGCCGAUUCCACCAUCCGGGCCCAUGAUGCGGCCCCAGCAUGCUGCCAUGUACAUGCAGCAGCAUGGUGGUGCGGGCGGCGGGCCACGCGGUGGCAUGGGCGGCCCGUACGGCGGUGGCGGCGUCGGUGGCUCUGGCGGACCCAUGGGCGGCGGCGGUGGCGGCGGCCAGCAGCAGCGGCCGCCCAAUGUGCAGGUCACGCCCGACGGCAUGCCCAUGGGCUCGCAGCAGGAGUGGCGCCACAUGAUGAUGACGCAGCAGCAGCAGCAAAUGGGCUUUGGACCAGGCGGACCCAUGCGUCAAGGACCCGGUGGAUUCAAUGGCGGUAAUUUCAUGCCCAAUGGAGCGCCCAAUGCGCCGGGCAACGGACCGAAUGGCGGCGGCGGCGGUGUCGGCAUGAUGCCCGGCCCCAAUGGACCGCAGAUGCAGCUGACGCCCGCCCAAAUGCAGCAGCAGCUGAUGCGACAGCAACAGCAGCAGCAACAUAUGGGACCCGGCGGUGGUGGCGGAGGCGGCGGCGGCAGCAUGCAGAUGCAGCAGCUGCUGCAGCAGCAACAGAACGCAGCUGCCGGCGGAGGCGGCGGCAUGAUGGCCACCCAGAUGCAGAUGACCAGCAUCCACAUGAGCCAGACCCAGCAGCAGCAGCUCACCAUGCAGCAGCAACAGUUUGUGCAGAGCACCAGCACGACAACAACACACCAGCAGCAGCAGCAGCAGCAACAGUUGCAGCUGCAGAUGCAGAGCCAGAGCGGAGGACCCGGCGGCAACGGGUCCAGCAACAAUAAUGGUGCAAACCAGGCGGGCGGUGUAGGCGUCGGUGUUGGUGUCGGCGUUGGCGUGGGCGUGGUCGGCAACUCGGCAACCAUUGCCAGCGCCAGUUCGAUCAGCCAGACGAUCAACUCGGUGGUGGCCAACUCGAAUGAUUUGUGUCUCGAAUUUCUGGACAAUCUGCCCGACGGCAAUUUCUCCACGCAGGAUCUGAUCAACUCGCUGGACAACGACAACUUUAACAUACAGGACAUUUUGCAGUAGAGCAGCGAGUAUCCGCAAAGGAUUCCCAAGCAGAGACGCCGUCGUCACCACCACCAACACCACCCUAACCACCACCAAUUGUUGCCUGUUUUUGUUUGAAUAUUUUUUGUUGUUGCCUGUUGUUGUUAUUGCCUCCAUGCCCCAUGGCCCAUUAACCCACACCCACACCCACAACCAUCCCCUCCCCCACUGUUUGUUAAUUGUGUGUAUUUAGAAGCUAAGUUCGUUUCGAUGUACUCUAAUUUGGGACUUUACUGUAUUAUUAGCCGCUAGAGCUGCCCGCUUUCUUUUAUAGGGGGCAGCAACGGUCCAAGGCGGGCGAGCGCUGGGGCGUGGCAGCGGCAGCGGCCAGUACGCAAACAUUCCAUACUCUACAAAUAUAUAUCUAUAUAUAUUUGUCUAUAUAUAAAGUAACAAGAAAAAAACAAUUCGACGAAAAGUAUUUGAGAGCAGCCUCAGAAAAUUUUUAAAAAAUAGUAAAGCACACACCUACACACUCACACACACACACACACACACACACACAACCACUCGCAGAACUUAAGCACUUGUACUUAAUGCAAUUUGGCCACGCCCAGCGACCAGUUCGCCCGCCCAACAUUUCAUUUUACUUAAGCAAAAAGCGAAAAAGAAAACAAAACAAAAAAAAAAGAAAGAAAGAAAAUGGAACCAACAACAAAAGAAAACUUUUUAAGAAAUGCGUCAGAAAAACAACAAAAAAAAGUAACUAAAGAAAUUGUACAUUUUAUAUUGUAUUUAAUUUAAUUUAAUUUUUUAACUAAAACAAAAAUGCGAAAGUAGCAAAAGAAAAACACAAAAAAAAAGAGUAAAAAGUGCAACAGCAAAGGAAAAACGCAAAAAGCAAAAAUAUUGGUGAUAUUUUAAUUGCUUACACACAUAAACACACAUACACAUACACACACAAACAGAAAGAAAAUUUGAAAAUUUACUAGAGAGAGAAAAUAGAAAAGCGGAGAAACAGUUAUUAUUAUUAUUGUACAUUAUUUUUGUGUAACAAUUAAGUUUAAAUGGAUUUUACAAACAAAAAAGCAAACGCGGAGCAACAAUGCGAAUUAAGCGCAAACAACAAACAUAUUUAAAAAACAAAUUAUAUAUAUAUACAUAUAUGUAUGUAUAUAUAUACAUAUAUUAUAAAACUUAUAAUUAAUUACUACGCGUAGUUUUUUGGUAGUGAAAAGCGUGCAUAAAGCCCUAAACAUUAGUAGUUUGUUAAAUAAAUUUAUAUAUAUAUAUAUAUACACAACAGCCAGACAAACACACACUCAUACACACAAACUCACACUAUAUACUUCUCGAUAUAUAUAUACAAAUAUAUAUAUUCGAUUAUUGAAUUAGAGUUCUAAGCAGCAGACAGAUUUUUAGCUAAAUGCGUUUUGUGGCCGCGUUACCAAGUGACGUCACGCCAUGCCACGCCCACAGCAGCCCACUUGACAAAAUGAUAAGAAGAAAAAAAUAAAUAAUAUACGCCGAGAUUCCAGCUAUGAAAUUAUUGUACCGACAUUUAAUUAGCGCAAUUCCAUAAGUCCAUAAGUUAAAUAGUUCAGAUCGGUUCAGUUCAGCUCAGAGGCCAUAGAAAUUGCGACAGACACUUCCAGAUAUAUAUAUCUAUAUAUAAAGCGAGUACAUAGAUAAUGCCUAGAUCGAAUGCUGAUCGAGCACACACACACACACACACAGACACACACAGACACAAAAACACACACAGACACGCCUAGAAAACAAACGCGUAGCCCAAAGUAUUUAAGCCGCAAACAAACAAAAACAAAACUAACAAAAAUUAUUAUUAAAUAAUUAUUAUUAUAAAAAAAAUACGCGAAUUGUAGUUUGUAAUUUAUGAUACGAAACCAAUUUGUUUACAAAAAAAAGAAAAAAAUUAAAAACCACGCAAAUUAUAUAUUAUAUAGUAUAUAUACAUAUAUAUACAUUAUUAUUAUUACUAUAUACAAUAUGGCAUAUUAUUAUUACAUAUAUAUACGAGUACAGAUAUAUAUAUAUAUAUAUUAAAAAUGAGUACACAAAUUAGCAGCGCAGCUUGCAACCGAAUCGAGGCGCAGCGAGUUGCAAGUGUUGCAAGUAAAACACACACACACACAUACACACACAGCCAGACACAACUCGAUAUCAAUUAAAAGCAAACAGCUGCCAGCGGCAAACCAAAACUUUAACAAUUUACAAAAAGCAAACUUCAAAAGCAAAAAAAAAAAACAAAAGCAAAAGCAAAUGCAAAUGCAAAUUAAUUUUAGCUCAUAAUUUAUAAAAAAAAGAAACAAAAACAAAGAAAUACAACAAAUCGAAUUGGAUUUGAAUUCGAUUUGAGAGCCUUUUGCAGCAUUUUGUUUUGUUUUUCUUUUUUUAUCAUUUAGCCAAAAGAUGUUUGGUGCACAAGUCUUCGGUUUGUCGUUUUGUUGUCCUCCAGGAUGUGCAACAGAACUUAUGUGUCAAUAACUCGAACACGUACGAAUUGUUGGCCCAAAAA